AUGACGGACGAUCUCUAUUUACCGAUGGUGAAUUGCCUUACCAUCGGUACCGACGGUACCGACGGACAGUGUUUUGGAGGGCUACCUUAUGCCAUCGCAAUAAUGCUAACUACCUCAUUCACCGACGGACUUUUCAAAUUUACCGAUGGUGAAUUCAUUUCUCCAUCGGUACAGAUGGACAAUCUCUAUUUACCGAUGGUGAUUUGCCUUACCAUCGGUACCGACGGUACCGACGGACAGUGUUUUAGAGGGCUACCUUAUGCCAUCGCACUAAUGCUAACUAUCUCAUUCACCGACGGACUUUUCAAAUUUACCGAUGGUAAAUUCAUUUAUCCAUCGGUACCGGCGAACAGUCCUUAUUUACCGAUGGUGAAUUGCCUUACCAUCGGUAGCGACGGACAGUCUUUUGGAGGGAUACCUAAUGCGAUCGCAAUAAUGCUAACUACCUCAUUCACCGACGGACAUUUCAAAUUUACCGAUGGUAAAUUCAUGUUUCCAUCGGUAGCGACGGACAAUCUCUAUUUACCGAUGGUGAAUUGCCUUGCCAUCGGCACUUACGCUACCGACGGACAGUCUUUUGGAUGGCUUCCUUAUUCCAUCGCAAUAAUGCUAACUACCGCAUUCACCGACGGACUUUUCAAAUUUACUGAUGGUGAAUUAAUUUAUCCAUCGGUACCGACGAACAAUCCUUAUUUACCGAUGGUGAAUUGCCUUACCAUCGGUAGCGACGGACAGUCUUUUGGAGGAAUACCUAAUGCCAUCGCAAUAAUGCUAACUACCUCAUUCACCGACGGACAUUUCAAAUUUACCGAUG